AUGACGACGCCCAUCAUCCCCUCAAACAUUACCAAGGAACCUGCGCCAGCUCUGUUCACGGCGUCGAACGUGCUGCUGCAGACCUUGGUCGACGCCGGGAUCACGCAUUGCUUCGUCAAUCUCGGCUCGUGAGUCUGCCCGUCUGCGCGGCGUCCGUCGGCCAAUCGGAGCGAGGGCACGACCGAAACCCCCGGCUGAGUCCAAGCCCACGCGCGCCAGGAGAAUUUUGCGCGGGGGCCGACGAGUCAUGCCCGAAUGUGUUGCACCAUUAGCUGAAUCGUUUCUUUCUCGCAUUGCCGUAGUGACCAUCCCAGCCUGCUCGAAGCGUUCAUCCAGCGUACCAAGGAUGGCGCCAAGUCCGUCAAGAUCGUCACGUGCCCGAACGAGGUGCGCUACCUUGAUGUCGAUCGGUUGAUCACCGGGGACAACAUCCACUGAAAGCUCGACAUUUCAAAUCCCUUCGUUAUUUAUAGAUGGUCGCACUGUCCUGCGCUCAAGGCUAUGCUCAAGUCUGCGGCAAACCCGCAGCCGUAAUCGUCCACGUUGUAAGUCCCGUCGCUUUUUGCAAAGACGUAUUCGACUGUCUCCGUAUUCUGGUGCUAAAGUCUCAUUCCUUAAUGCUUUUAUUGUAGGACUGCGGCACCCAAGUCAGUGCAGCGCCAAGCUGGCCUGGGGCCUCGCCUUCAAGCCGAUGCUGAAAAUUCUUCCUCGCUUCCUUCUAGGCUUUAGCGGGUGUAGUGCAUAAUGUCUGUGCAUGCCGCACCCCUGUGUUGAUAUAUGCUGGAGUGAGUAAUCGCGAGACAACUCUGAAAUGUUGACUCUGCGCUGACUAUUGCCGGUACGUACCCUCUAGGCUUCACCUUUCUCGCAAGAGGGCGAGCACGCCGGCUCGAGGAACGAGGUAACAGCGAAGCACGAAGCUUGAAUCACCGAAGCAGGUUUAGCUCGGUCCAAACUGAUGUUCGACUAUCCUUCAUGUUUAGUUCAUUCACUACCUUCAAAAUGCCGUUGAUCAACCCCAGAUCGUCCGCCAAUACAUGCGCCACGUCGGGGAGAUUCGUUCCGGCGCGACGGCGCAGCACGUAAGUCCGACACCCAGCCAGAAAGAUCAAGAACGGGGUGCCCAGCCCUAACUCCAAGGUAUUAUUUCGGGCGGGGAUGCGUUCGUUACAGACCAUUUUGCGAGGUCUUCAGUUCGCGAUGAGUGAACCCAAGGGACCGGUUUACCUGUGGGCGAUGAGGGAAGUCACCGAGGAACGACUGGACCCCAAGAGUUGAGUUGGCCGAUGUGCUCGUGUAUCCAAUCUCACGAAUUCUGGACUGACCAGCUGACUGGUCCUGUACAGGUAUCAAGGAUGUCCGAGCGAGCGAAGUGUGGACCCCCAUCGAGCCGUCUCCUUUGGGGCCCAAUGGUAAAUAGGUUCCAUGAGGCUCAGGCCAACUUUUCCUCCAGGACAAGUGCUGAAAAUGAGCUCUUCCGAACAGCCGUCAAGCGCAUCGCAGAGUCGUUGGCCAAAGCCAAGAAGCCUCUGUUCAUCUCGACCUACGCCGGCCGCAACCCUUCUUCUGUCGAACCCCUGACUCGCUUGGCCGAGUUGACAGCCUCACCCGUCUUCUCGAGCUGCCCCUCGACAGUCAACCUUGAUUUCGACCAUUACCUCCAUGCGGGCGUCAACUUUGGUCAACAUAACCCUUUGGUCGAGCCGGCGGAUUUCAUCUUGAUUCUGGAUUGUGACGUGCCCUGGUGAGCUCUGAGUUGAUUUCUUCAAUCCCGUGAGGUAUGAUUUCCUACCACUUAAGUUCACUACUCUGCUAGGUUGGCAUUGCAUACCAAGCCCUCGAGGUCUGCGGAGAUCUUCCAUAUCGACUGCGACCCGCUCAAGGAGAAGAUGCUCGCGUAUUCGUACCCCGCUCUUCUGCGAGCCAAAGCCGACGUCGGUCUAGCAUGCCAACAACUCAUCGAUUACCUUUCGUCCCCGAACUCGGCGCUCGACUCGACCUUGAUUGAAGAGCGUCGCUCCGAAUGGAAGCAAAAGAAACAACAGCGCGAUGCCGAGCUGCUUAGCUUGGAAACCCCCGGCAAGGGAGAUCUCCUGACUGCGCCUUUGAUCGUCGCUAGUUUGAGGAAGAAUUCGAACCCUGAAAAGACGUUGGUCUGUAACGAGGCGAUCUCGAACUAUCCUCAUGUUUGGAACCACUUCAAGCCUCGGGUACGUUUUGAUCUAGCCAAAGCCGUCAUUUACCUGCGCCGCAGACUCUGACUUCCACCCCGUCUACCUUGACAAUCUGCCGCCCCGACAGGUCCCCGGAUCGCUUCUCAGUUCUGGUGCCUCUUCGCUCGGAUGGUCCCUCGGAGCCGCGAUCGGCGCCAAGUUUGCGGGUGAUGCCGACUCUUCAUUCGAAAAGGAUUUGAUUGCCGUCGUUGUCGGUGAUGGUAGCUUCGUCUUUGGUGUACCCAGCGCGAGUUACUGGAUUAGUAGGCGCUAUGACGCUGUGAGUGCACUUUUGAGACGAGAAAAAGCUUAUUCCGGUGGCUGAAUCAUCCUCCCUGCUGCUUCGAUCAUAGCCCUUCCUCACCAUCGUCCUCAACAACGGCGGCUGGAAAUCCCCCACCCUGUCCAUGAUAGGUGUCCAUCCCAACGGCCUCGGAUCCCGCUCCACAGCCGGCGAUCUCAACGUCUCCUUCGGUCCCACGGACGACCUCAACCCCGAUUACGGAGCGAUCGCGCAAGCUUCGGGUGGGGCUUGGUGCGCCAAGGUCAAGUAUGCGCACGAGUUGGAGGAGAAGAUGAAGGAGGCCAUUAGGGUCGUAAAGGAGGAGAAGAGGUCUGCGGUGUUGGAUUGCUGGCUAGAAAGGUUCUGA